GCGCCCUUCGGCCCCGGCGGCCCCCGAGGCGAACGAGAGGGCGAGCGAGCGCGGCGCUCCCGGGCCGGCCCGGCCCCCUCCGCUCACCAUCGCCGGCCCUUCGCCGCCUUCCUCGGCUUCCACCUCCUCUCCCCCCCCCCCAAGUAGAGGCCCCCUCCGGGGGGGGGAGGCCCCGGACCGGGAGCGGAUUCCCCCAACUCCUUCAACCCCUCCCCCACCCGGCCGGAGUGUGAGGAGAAGGGCCCGGCCCGGCCCGGCCCGCGACGCGUGUGAGGACACCGGGCCGGCCCACGGGCCGUCUGGGGCCUGGUCCGGCCCGCCGGGUGUGUGAAGACCGGGGCCCCGUGCGGCCAGGCCCGAGGGCGAGCGGAGGGGAGGGGCCUGGUCCGGCCCGGCCGGUGCGCGAGGACUGGGGCCCCGGCCCGGCACCGCCGCCGCCGCCGCGAUGGCCCAGCAGCAGAUGACCAGCUCGCAGAAGGCCCUGAUGCUCGAGCUGAAAUCCCUACAGGAGGAACCGGUGGAGGGCUUCCGGAUCACCCUGGUGGAUGAGUCCGACCUCUACAACUGGGAGGUGGCCAUCUUCGGACCCCCCAACACCCUCUACGAAGGCGGCUACUUCAAGGCACAUAUUAAAUUUCCUAUUGACUACCCAUAUUCACCACCUACCUUCAGAUUCUUGACCAAAAUGUGGCACCCCAACAUUUAUGAGAAUGGAGAUGUAUGCAUUUCGAUACUUCAUCCUCCUGUAGAUGACCCACAGAGUGGAGAACUGCCCUCUGAAAGGUGGAAUCCUACUCAGAAUGUGAGGACUAUUCUGUUAAGUGUAAUCUCACUGCUUAAUGAGCCCAACACCUUCUCCCCAGCCAAUGUGGAUGCUUCGGUUAUGUUCAGGAAAUGGAGGGACAGUAAAGGAAAAGACAAAGAAUAUGCUGAAAUCAUUAGGAAACAGGUUUCAGCCACUAAAGCCGAAGCUGAAAAGGACGGAGUGAAGGUCCCCACAACUCUGGCGGAAUACUGCAUCAAAACUAAAGUGCCUUCCAAUGACAACAGCUCAGAUUUGCUUUAUGACGACUUGUAUGAUGACGACAUUGAUGAUGAAGAUGAGGAGGAGGAAGAUGCCGACUGUUAUGAUGAUGAUGAUUCUGGGAACGAGGAGUCGUGACGUGCUCCUUUGAUGCCCCUGUACUGCCCUGCCGUCUCAGGCCAAAGGGAGGGGAGCAAGUGGGGACCUAGCAGCGGCCCCUCAACAAAAACCUAUUCACCGGGGGUGGGGAAAAAAAAAAAACACAGCUCCUGCUGACUCCCCUUAUGGAUCUCAGUUUGCUCCUUUUUAUGGACCUUUCAUGGAGAGAAAGUAACCCUCCACAGAAUGUCUGAAUUCUUGCAUUCUUUACCCUUCCAUCACUGUAUUGAUUCUUUUUUUAAAAAAAACAAAAACAAAAAACAAACAAACAAACAAAAAAACAACCCAAACUCCCGCCUCACUUCGUCUCUGCAGAAUGUUCACAGCAAAACACGUUUGCUCUGUUUUUAGAUUCCUGAAGAAUUAGCCUUUUCAAGACAUUAAUGUGUUUAAAGCUGGAAACCGUUGGGAGUUCACAAGUGCUGCAUAUACUGGGUAGCAAAAGAAAAUGGAAAAAAAAAAAAACCCACAAAACAAACUUUAAAAAAAAAAAAAGCAAAUUUGCCAAGGUUUAGCUGCUCAUUUACAUUAGUGUGUAUGCAUUCAUUCAAGUCCCAUGGUGGUGAAUUUUCUUUGUUUCCCUUCCUAACCAGGAUACAGUGGGCAUCAGGGACUUACUUCAUGCUAAGCCUGAUGAAAUGUGCUCCUUAAGCCUUCAUGAAAUCAUCCUAACACGGAGGUCUCAGCUAUUCUUGAGGAGAGAAAUCAGAUUUUGUUUUUUGAAAUCGAUUGGGAAUCUAAAGCCUGAAAUAAAUAUUCAUACUUUACAUAGAACUAAGCACUUGGUUGCUAUUUAUUCUUUAAAGGCAGGGUUAUUUUUCCCCCCACUAGGGAAUGGGGUGUGUGGGGAAAAAGUGAAAAAUUAGUGUGGAUUUUUAGUGUUAAGAACAAAGUUAAAAAUCACGCCAAUUUUGGUUGAUGCUGCUGAGAGAAACUCAAAACUACUGGUGGCCACUGGGAGAGGAGACACCUGUUUGUACUUAACAUGGCCUUCCCCUCGAAGCUAUUCUCUCACUGUGGGGUGGGUUUUUUUUUUUUUUUUAAGUAGCCACUUUUAAUUACUCAGUAUUAAUCCUAGAUGCAUGUGUUAAGAUUUUGGUUUUCAUUGAGCUGCUUAUACUGAUAGUGAUAAAUGUGGAUAUGUAUGAGACAUGAGUGACCAGUUCUGACUUUUUUCUCCUUUCAAUAUACUUUUUGGCUUUGGAGUGCAGCAGAAUUUGUGCAUGGAGCUUCCCAUGGGUUUUUGUCUCUUCUGGCAGGACCAAGGGAGUUGACUGCAGGUAGUUUCCAGCCACGCGAGGCUAGAUCUUCUAGCCAUGCAGUUGCUGCAGGUUUGAUUCCCAGGUCUCUAUCAUGUAUUGCUUCAAUUAAGAUUGAGAUCCAGCAGCCUUCAUCAUCCAAGUAGGUGAUUUUUGUCAUUGAGGUAUGUGAGUUCAUGGUGUUCUGAGUGGGGAAGCCGGCUAUAAAGUCAGAUUUCAGAAGGAAAGUAACCGCAAGGUGACAGAAGUCCUACUUAAGAUCCCUGUGCACCAGUGUCAUCUCCUUCUUUAGGUCACACUCAGAAUGAACCAAAGGGCAGAUUAGGGACAAGGGUAGGACAGAUCCUAGGGUGGUCAGAGUAGGUGAUUGAUGCUUAUUUCCAUAGCUCCUCCUUCCUUUCUGAUCUCAGGGUUUUCAUUGCUCUUCAAACUUUCUCUCAAACAUGCGCUAUUUCUCAGCAGUCCUCUCUGGCCUCUAAAGUUUGGUCUGUUAUUAAAUGAGAAUGUCUAACACAUUGAGGUUGUUAAUGGGAUAUUGUUGAGUCUGAUCCCAGAAUCUUUGUGUAAUCUCCACAGGGCCCGGGCUGCUAAUUGCACCCUUAAAUCUAGUGAUUCCACAGAUUCAGGGAACACAGCAGCUCUAUAGGACAGUGUUGUGAUUUUGUCCAAGUAAAAACUCUAAAGGAUGUUGGAACUAGCCUUUUUGGUCCCCACACUUCUUAAGUAAUGCUUCCAGAUACCCUGCAAACCUUCUGGAGCCAAAGCCUCUCAAUAUUCUCUUGAUUUACCGCCCCAUCCCCUGCUUUUAUCCCCCUUCCAUCCCCAUACCUGUCCUAUACUAUACAAGUUUACAGCCAGUAGCUGGGUCUGACUCUCUUAGAGCCCUAAAAUAAAGCCUUUCAUUCCCCUUACUGCUAAAGCAUCUCACUCCCAGGGUAGGCCAGGCAUCUUGGCACUAUGGGAGGUGCUGUGCUAUUCAGCUUUGUCCCAUUAGACCCUGUUGGCCUCUUGCAUGUUGACUCAGGGAGCCAGAGCGCCAAGUGGAGGUCAUACCUCUCAGCCCUUCAGGGCAAUAUUAUUGUAAGUUGGGUUUGCCUCUGAUGAGAGUACAAUCAGUUCCAGAAGCCAGGGGUAUGUUGAUUUAUUGGCAGGUAGAUAUUCUGAUAGUUUAGACUGACUUAUAAAACCCAGAUGCUGGUUCCAGACUUCUGUCCCUGAGAACAUAUCCUGUGGAAAAAAAUACUUGAGUAUCUAAGUGUUGUUUCUUUUUUCUUUUGGGAGUGGAUGGAGGUCUCUGGCUUAUGCCAAAACCUCAUGAGUACAGUUGGGCUAAUUAUUUGGUGUGAAGUAAACUCAAAAAUCCUGCAUAUUUAGAUUUCUUUUGGUUCUAAUUGAGGCCUCACUAGAAUACUCUUUUGUAUUGGAGAUAUAAUAUGAUUCCAUUGUUGGCUUCUCUCUCAGUCCCCCCCCCCCCCCGCUUCCUUUCUUAUCAUUCCAGAGUUCUUUUCUACUAGCCGAACUUUUGUAGUUCCUUCUUUAAAAAACCUUCCUUGGCAAUUAUUUGCUUCUUUACCUUUGYUGGUUUCCUUGUUUGAGGCAAUGGAGUAAGAGAUUGGAAGGGAAAAUGUAUAGUACUCUGCUGAAAAUUAACUUUCCACCCCUCUCAUCCUGAUAAACAAGGUUUACAUUUACAACUAAACAAAUUCAGAUGCAAUUUUCAACUAUUCUGAAACCAGCAGGACACACCUGACUUUAAUAGUUUUCUUAGCUGAAAUUGUAGAUGUUUUUCUUCAGUUUAACUUAUGAGAAAAGAUUAUCUUGAUGCAUUUUUGUGUUGACUUCCCCUUUAGUGGUUUAUUUUGUCUUUUUCUGCCCAUCUGUCUACUAAUAAAAUGUGAAAUAAAAUAUACCUGUAUUGCUACUUC